AGUUUGAUCUGAGGCGAGGACAAACUACUUGAAAACUGAACAAUAAAAGUAUGGAGACGUGAAGAUGGUGUCAUUAAAAUAAUUAAUAAGACCAGUUGAUUGACGGCGUGUAACGUGUGAACAGGAGGGCAAGGGUUAACUGUGCUGACCCAUAUUUUCAGCCAGGGAUAGACCAGAGAUCAUCUCAUUAACUCUCUCAUCGCUUGCAGCUCCAGGUCUGUUCCAGGUCUGCUGUGUCUCCACAAGAUGGCGAGAAACUUGCGGGCCGAGAGAGACGUGGUGCCAGCUGGUGCUAGCACGGCGUCGUUUGGUGCGCAACUAGACCGAGGAUCUUCUCAAGUACCCAGCACACCAUCAGACUUAAGAGUCAGCGGUUUAACGGACACAAGCACCAGUAAUUUUGUUGACUCCAUUACACCAUCAGAUUUAAGAGUCAGCGGUUCAACGGACACAAGCACCAGUAAUUUUGUUGACUCCAUUACACCAUCAGAUUUAAGCGUCAGCGGUUCAAAGGUUACAGGCACCAGUUAUUUUGGUGACUCCAGCACCGCCCACACCAUAAACCUAGACAGCAAAGACUCCGCCCACACAGACGACACAAACCCCGCCCAUUCACCUGGUAUUAGCACCGCCCAUAAACACAAUACCACCCAUGUUGAAAGUCUUAAUGCGGCACCAGCAACUGAUUCUAUUGGAAUAGCUUUAGAUCAGAUCUACAGUAGGUCUGUAGGUCUACAGAGUUCUAGUGACAUCAACAGGUCUGUAGGUCUACAAAGUUCUAGCGAUAUCAACAGGUCUAUAGGUCUACAAAGUUCUAGCGAUAUCAACAGGUCUAUAGGUCUACAAAGUUCUAGCGAUAUCAACAGGUCUAUAGGUCUACAGAGUUCUAGUGACGGUCAAAGUACACCAAAGACACUUGAUGUGUACACCUCACCUGAAAGCUCAGCUGAUCACACACGUCCAUUGUUGCCCCAACGAUUGGAUCCACUAUCCACAGAGACCUACUUAGAUCCACUAUCCACAGCGACCUACUUAGAUCCAAGUGAUCCAAGAGAAACAGGUGCACCCCAAGCUGCACAUGGUGGCUGGAAUGUUCCAGAAACUCAGGUCCUUGAUUUUGGCACUCUCGUUUUCUCUCACGAUGCUACGGAGACUUCAUUAAGAGGGUCUCGCUUUGAUAGCACUCAAAGUAACGGAUUAAAUCAUUCUACACAUGCAGGCAUUCACGUAACACCUGCUGAUAUUAACGUAAGACCUGCAGGCAUUCACGUAACACCUGCCGGUAUUAACGUAACACCUGCAGGCAUUCACGUAACACCUGCUUUCAUUCACGAAACACGGGUUGUAAUUCACGAAACAAGUGAUCUAAUUCACACAAUUGACGGGUUAAUUUAUUUGUUGCCAUCACAUAGCUCACUUGAAUGGGCGGACAGUCAUUCACUGCACGUGUCUAAAGACACACAGAAACAAAGCGAGCAAGACGGACUCAAGUCGUCUGUUGAAGGCCUGCCCGUGCUGGGCUAUACCCUAGGGCCCGUGCUGGGAUAUACCCUACACGAUAACGGGUUCUUCUCUGGGGACUCUAAACAGGAUAGUCCUAAGGACAGCGAGCGUGUGACGUCAUCUGGAUCAACAGACGGGGGGACUGGGCUGACCCAGGCUACACAUAUCCAGUCCAUCGACCCUGUCCGUGAUGGUCACUUGUUGCAAGACUCGGAGUCAGCCUUCAUCACAUCAGCUGGACAUCACGACGUGACGCUGCCACAUCAUGAUGGUCACAUCGCUGAGGCCACUCCCUCGCUUACUGUGGUUGAUGUGUUGACUCGUGCUACACAACAACAAGCAGAUCACGUGUCACUUCAAUCAGCAGAACUAGAACCUUACCUGGAAACUCUUAGACCAAGGUCACAUACUGACGUAACGGGAGGACUUGGCUAUCGUAGUGACGUCACACAGAUACACUGGUCAGACGUCACGGUGACACCAUAUUUAGCCGCCACUCAAAUACCAAGGUCAGACUUUACUCAAAUACCAAGGUCAGACGUCACCUGGUUUCCAAGGUCACCAAAUAAUGACCCGCUUUACAUUGACUUGAUAUUCCCCAGCACCAAACCUCCAGACUUGCAGACGACCAUGGUGACGUCACUACAGACAACCAUGUUGACGUCACUGCAGACGACCAUGGUGACGUCACUGCAGACGACCAUGUUGACGUCACUGCAGACAUCAAUGACGGCCGUACCCAGCGCUCCGGCUCCAACCAAAACCAAACACAUUUCUCCUCCAACUCUUCAUCCGUCCUCAUACCCGCCCUCACUAACAUCGACGCCUCAUGUGACAUCAGCAGACAUCCAACCGUCCAGUCUGCUACAAGAUGGAGACAUGACUUCAACACUUCCUCCCAGCUCUCAGAGACCAGCUACAACAUCAAGUCAUGCAGGAUUUCCCGUGCAGACGGCAAUUAUCGUCGCUUCUGUUUGCGCUGCACUUGUCAUCGUUUUCCUUAUCGUCCUGCUGGUGUGUAAGAGAAAAAGUGCAGGGAAAAACAAACCAAUGAGACCACAGCGUGAUGAAUUGUGGGUAGAUAUGGACAGUUUCAUGACCAUCCAGCAGAUACCUUUUCCAUCCUCCACAUCGAUGAAUGACGUGUCGGUUGUGGCCCCUAACACAGAUACGGUGUACACAGCCAACUACACAUUCACGGCUACACAGGAGGGACAACUGGCACUAACCAAGGGAGACAAGCUGCAGGUGUUUGAGAGGAACGAUAACGGUUGGUGGAGGGGCGUCAACCUGCAGGAUGGUUCCACGGGCUGGUUCCCUAACGGCUUUGUCACCACCGUGGGAGUUGCAGAAUCCAGCGAGAACUUGAGCAACAAAGAGAAGACAACUCCACUGGUUUGUUUAGUCAAGCCCCACAGACAAGUCAGCUCCUUCCAGAUCAAAAAACGUGAGAGUCCAGAGAAAGAUGCUCUGGUCACAUAUCCAGUUCUGGAGAGCACUCGUGCCAUGAAUGAUGUGGAAUCCUGGGUAAACAUGGCUGCUAGUGGGUCAAUGUCAUCACUGACCACAACAGAGAAGAGUUACACAACAAACAGGAGUGACUUUAUAACUGGACCAAAAGCCGAGCACAAGUACCGUGUUGUUUAUGCCUACAAGCCUGUGUGUAAAGGUGAGAUGGCCCUGAAGGAGGGCGAGCUGGUUGUGUGUAAGGAGAGGGACCAGAAUGGCUGGAUGUACGGCACCAAACCUAAGACAAACCAAGAUGGCUGGUUCCCAGCUGUCUAUGUGGAUGAGGUUUCCUCAGAUGAUGAGUCCAACUGCUCUGAAGUUCCAGAAACUUAUGACCUGUUAGAGUCUAAUAAGUUGCAUAAGGUUGACCAGUCUUGGAUAGGCAUUGAGCACAAAGCUCUCUACAAGUAUGAGAGCAGCGUGCCAGGAGACUUGAAGAUGGAGGAAGAUGAUGUUGUUGUAGUCCUGCAAACACUGGCCAAUGGCUGGUGGUUUGGUACCAAAGGCAAUCUCUGUGGCUGGUUUCCUGGUUCAUAUGUUGAGAUGUUGGAGGCAGAUCCACCAGACUUAACUACAGAUAGUGACAGCUUGGACAACACUUUCACUCGUAUCAGCUUUACUGAGUCCAGGUCUCACACCCCAGACCUCCACACUGAAUCAAGACCUCACACCCCCGACCUGCACACUGAAUCAAGAUCUCACACCCCCGAUCUGCACACAGAAUCAAGAUCUCACACCCCCGACCUCCACGCUGAACUAGAAUCAAGCCAUUCUUCAAGCACUACACUUCGCAGCACUACCACCAAGCAACCUGAAUCUGUUAGCCCAACACAUAGUGCCCAGGGAACUAUAGAUCACAAUUUACUCAAUGCUCAAACAUCCAAAAAGUCCCUACGGCCCAAGCGCAUUGCACCUGAACCCCCAAGUUCCAGAAGUUUCUCUCCCAUUGACUCAAAGCGCAGACCAGCUCGUCCAGCUCCUGCGCCACCUAUCAGACAAAAUUCUGCGCUCAGAAAGGAAAGUCUACAGUCUAAUCAGCUAGGUGGCAACCAGACUGAGCCAAUUUCCUUAAACAAGCAUAAUGUCAAGAGGCCAGUUCUCCUCAUUCAUGGUAAGAGACCAAAGCUUCACAGAGUGCCUAAAGGUGUGUUGGAUAAGAAACAGUUGAAUCCAAUGAUGCGGCCGUCAACAAGAAACUUCCUCAGGAAGCCUUCAAACAUUUCCACACCACACAAUACACAACACAUCAAACCUCUCACAGAAAGGUCUAGGCCAGAUUAUCACAAGGUCGAGUCAGCUCAAGGUAAAGAUGAAACACCAUCAGCAGAUGGCAGUGAUGCAAAUCUUUCUCUAGUCGUGCCAUAUUUCUUAAAUCAGGAGACAAAUCAUCACAAAUCUAAUGAGACAAGUCUUCACAAAUCUAAUGAGACAAGUCUUCACAAAUCUGAUGAAACAAACCAUCAAACAUCUGAUGAAACAAGCUAUUCUGGCAGAAGUUUCUCCCCCUAUCGCACCAGCUCUAAAGACUCUACCAAGCCCAGCACCAACAAGUUAUCUUUCAAAUCCCCAAACACCCAUGGCAACUACUUCCCAAGGGAGAGAACUCCAGAAUUAAAGUCAGGGAGAAGCAACUCUCCUAACAUCCCAACAUCUGGGAACUUCCUUCAGAACGUCAAGCAAUUCAACAGAGCCCAGAGACUGCGGACUCCAUCCCCAUGUUUUGACCAGCACACCAACAGUGAGACGGAGCAGGAAGGGGAGAGCACACGUCCCAACAGGCAGCACAAGAUGGCUGCUGUCUCCCCACCCACACUGCCACACCAGGGGCAGACAAUUCACACUUCAACCAACUCUAGAACAUUCCAUCCAACCAACGCAGAUCUCAGUUCAAAGGAGAGACAUCCAGAUGGAGCGGAGAGACCAGAGGAGUCUGGGGUAAAGACAGAUCUGUUAACUGUUGUACCAGGCAAAGUGUCUGAGAUAGUACAGCAGAUAAACAAGCUCUCACCUCAGUAAACAGAUAUCUCUCUUGGUACAACAGAUAAACAAAAUGUCACCUCAGUAAACAGAUAUCCUCUUGGUACAACAGAUAAACAAGCUCUCACCUCAGUAAACAGAUAAACAAAAUGUCACCUCAGUAAACAGAUAUCCUCUUGGUACUACAGAUAAACUGUCACCUUUUGUUUACAAGUUGGUGACUCCCCUGAAAAGCCUUCAAGGGUCGUGACCCAUAGAUUGGGAACCCAUGGUUUUAAAAAAUAAUUACUCAAAAGUACAGUAAAAAAUAAUAGACCACUGGUCUAAAAGAUCCACAUUUUCAAUUGGUUAAAAAAGGUAAUAAGUAUACACUUAAAACAAAUUUCUUCACUGAACAAAACCCCUAGGCUUUACUUAGUUGUAAAUUACACCUACCACAUUUCAUUUUUCAAUUGCAUUUUGAUGGUUAAGUCAAAUUUUUAACAUUUAAAAUUAUUGUGUGACUCGUCUACCUUAAUAAAAAAAAACAAAAAAAAACUAUAAUUACUGUAGAUUUAGUACAGUAAUUCAAGAAUGUAAUAAUAAUUGUAAAUGAAGAAUAUUGAAAUAUAAUUAAAAUGCUGAUUUUUGCCACAAAAUUGGCAGAAAGUAAGAAAUAGCUUAAAAUCUUUUAGUACAAUUAUCAUAUUUUGGUUGUAAAAAUUAAAAAUCUGUAUUAUCCAAAUAUUCAGGUUUUUAAAAAAAAUGUUUAUCUACUGCACCCCACCCCUGACAAAAGUUUGCCUAAAAACUGAUGCAACAAAUCUCUUCUAUAUUAGAAAGGCAAUUAUCUGAGAUUGUUCAAUACAAGAGUACAUGUUCCUCAACUGGUUGACAUGCAAAUUUGAUACAACUGUAGAUCUAUAUUUUUAAAAAAUGAUAAUUAUGUUAUGUGAUUUUUGUUUAGCCAUUGUUAUGCACUAAUUGUACACUUUCCUCCUUCAACUUGAAUGCUUCUAUAAAAUAGUUUAUGUCCAUAUAAAUGAGUUGUCUUUAUUUUGUAACAGCUUUAAAUCUAUGGCAAGCAACAAAUUUUGUUCUAGCCACUGCUGGGUUUAUCAAUGAUUGCACACAUUAUAAAUGAUACAGAGACAAACUCAACAACCCAUU